AUGGUCAAGGCUGUCGCUGUUAUCCGUGGAGACUCCAAGGUCUCCGGCACUGUCACUUUCGAGCAGGCCAACGAGAACACCCCCACCACCAUCUCCUGGAACAUCACUGGCCACGACGCCAACGCUGAGCGUGGCUUCCACGUCCACCAGUUCGGUGACAACACCAACGGCUGCACCUCCGCUGGCCCUCACUUCAACCCCUUCGGCAAGACCCACGGUGCUCCCGAGGACGACGAGCGUCACGUCGGUGACCUUGGUAACUUCAAGACCGAUGCCGAGGGUAACGCCGUUGGCUCCAAGCAGGACAAGCUGGUGAAGCUCAUCGGUGCCGAGAGCGUCCUGGGCCGGACCCUGGUCGUCCACGCUGGUACUGAUGACCUCGGCCGUGGUGGCAACGAGGAGUCCAAGAAGACCGGUAACGCUGGUCCUCGUCCCGCCUGCGGUGUCAUCGGCAUUGCCGCUUAA